AAUAUAAAAAUUUCAUGAUAAAAUAAACAUGUACCAAAAGUAGAUCAGUAUCAAAUUCAAAUUUUCAUAUUUCGCUAAUUUUAAACUACGAAACUGAGCAUUAUUUGAAGAUUAACAAUAUUGGAUUGUCUUUCAUCAAGUGGCAAUAAGCAUCUGGAAUAUUUCUUUGUAGACCUAAAAAUGUCGCUAAAGAUGUGACUGAAAUGUCUUCUGUUGAGAAUCCGGCGUUGGCUAGCGAUAGCUACACCGUGGAUAUAUUAAAAGUACCAAACAAUUCGUUACAAUCCGGCCCAGCCUUUUUAACAAAAGACAGGAUAAAUUCUUCGAAUCUCGAUGCCUCCGAAGAUUUACCCUUUCGAUUUGAGUCAUCCCUGCUCGACUUUGGCUCAUCCAACAGCUCUGUAUUCUCAUCCAACAUUUCUUCAUUGUUCAACUUCACUGAUGAACUCCUGCCGAAGAAGCUGUCAGAUUUCACGGAGGAGAUCUGGCUGCACGCAAGUUGGUGGGGCUUGGCGGCCAUAUUGAUUCUGUUAUUAACGGCACUGGGCAACGUGUUCGUUAUAAUGGCUAUUUCCUGGGAACGACGACUGCAAAAUAUGACCAACUAUUUCCUCAUGUCCUUGGCCGUCACCGACCUCAUGGUCGCCGUCCUCGUCAUGCCUUUUGCCAUCGUCGAGCUCACCAUCGGCCGGUUCCCGUUCUCUUCGGAAUUGUGCCUCACGUGGAUAUGCUUGGACGUGCUCUUCUGCACAGCCUCCAUCAUGCACCUCUGCACCAUCUCCGUGGACCGGUUCCUCUCCCUGAGAUACCCAAUGAAGUUUGGCCGCAACAAGACGUGUCGCCGAGUUCUUCUAAAACUCGUGCUGGUUUGGUGCUGUAGUUUGGCUUGUUCUCUCCCUCUCUCUCUGAUGUACGCCACCGACUCCAAGACCACAAUCGCGCACGGAACCUGUCAAAUACCAGCGUCGCUGUUCCAAAUAAUAGGUUCCGUAAUUUGCUUCUACAUUCCCCUAACCAUCAUGAUUGCCACGUAUGCUCUGACGGUGCGCUUGCUGUCCUUCCAGAAGACAGAGCUCCUCAAGAGGAAAGGCGUCAAGGCAAGUAGGUUCGGCUCACAAAAGUCCGUUAAAAGAAAAAAAUUCUCGUGUCGAGCUUCAUGCAUAGCAAGUGGAAGUGUCCGAGCCUCCACGGGUAGUUCUUUGAGUGAUCUACACACCGAUGACAUGAGACAGAGGGAGAUGUCAGAAGUUCUCGAAGAAACUGAUGACAUUCUCGUGGAUGGGAAAUCCCAGUUUGACAGAAGCAGUGUACAGCACUCGUUUGUCAGUAACCAAUCUCCUGCUGGCAUCAGGAAGGCACAAAUAAAAACCAGGAAUGUUUCGACCUCAAGUCGGUCUGAUGACGAUGUGCCGAGCGUUGAAUUGACAGUUCUGCCUUCAAGUCACAGCGAAAAACUCCAGCCUGUGAAGUACACACACGUUAAAAAAUUAUGUGCACAAGACUCUCCAAAAAUAGUGAUCAGUUCUUCCAGUGGUCAAAUCGAUGCAAUGCAAUCCCCUGAAUGUGAACGUCUUAUAAAAACUGAGAUGAAUGCUAUGCAUAUUUCCGAAAAUUCUGAAAUCCAAGAACCCGUUUUCUUGAUGCACGAGGAAACAUCCCCGACUACGAGCUGUUCAGUCAGCCCCAAACACUCCCCGAAGACCAGCAUCAAAUACAGGGAAGAUUCUGAGAAAAUUUGUGACCCAAGUGAAGUGACAGAAAGUUUUAUGGGGAGGAGGAAGAGUCAAGAACGUAACGGGAACGCCGAUAAUCAAUGCGACUCGUCGACCUUCAACGGCACCUCAGUUGCGGUGCCCUGCUCAUGCGCUCCGAGGUUUUUCUUGGAAGGGUUCGAGCGCGUGAGCGGCUCGACCGAGGGUCGCGAUAACGAGGGUAGCGCUGCCUGCGCUCGUCCCUCACUGAGGGCAUCUCCGAGCGAAGACAGCACCACCACCUGGAGCCGUUGUUCCCCUUGCUGUGGUGCCGGCAGUGACGAAUGCAGUGCAGACCUGGGCAGUCUCGAGUCGCCGUGGCAAGAGGAAAGUGUACGUCGCACGGCCACGGCUGAGAUGGUGGCUAAGCUCGUGCAGAGAUCCGGGCUCCCGGUAACAAGAGUCAUACGCAAGUUCGGCACAAACUACAGCUCCGACUCUGGCAGUACAUCUGCAACAAACACUAACACAAACAACACUCCUGUACACCAUACUCUUCUCACGACCACCACACCACAUCACCACCACCGACAACCAUGUGUGGUGAUGGAAGGCCGCAAUGGAGGCAAUGGAUGUAAUCCACCAGCUGAUUCCAUCGCCCGAGGAGUUCUCCCAACGCCAACCAAACUCUGGAGGUGCAAGUCUACAACGCCCUUGAAGAUGGCGUCGUCCAAACGUCAUGGGAGGAACAUUAAGAUGGAACAAAAAGCCACCAAGGUUCUAGGUGUGGUGUUCUUCACGUUUGUGGUGCUAUGGUCACCAUUCUUCAUCAUGAACGUCUUAACCGUCAUCUGUCCAGCCUGUGCCAACUACAUCCCGGGUGAUGUCAUGAGCUUUGUAACCUGGCUGGGCUACAUCAGUUCUACAGUCAAUCCUUUCUUCUACACGUUCUUCAACAAGACUUUCCGUGAAACUUUCUGGAAGAUUGCUACGUGCAAGAUGAAGCCUUUCAGAAAGUAUCAUAGGUAUCACAGAUAAUGGGAUAUGCUGGUAUUUAGAGUACCGAUGAUGAGUAACUAAAGUGAAUGGAUUCUUACAUCAUGGCUACUCGAUUUGAAUUUUUUGAUAUAAUUUUUAACUCGAUUUUUUGUUAUAGAUAAUUUUUUGUCUAUACUAAUAACAAUAACAAUAACAGGCCCCAGAGACCAAACACACAGACUAUCUUCUGGGUAAUCAUUUGAGCCGAUUACUGAGAAACAAAAACCUGAAACAUAAUCUCAGAUUUGCGCUAUAAUUUGUUGUGCCUAAAUAUAUAGCGAGUUUUGUCCGAAUAAAUCAUAAGAACAGGGUAUUCAACUUCCAGAGUAAUUUUGUACGCAUGAUUGAUGCAAUUACUCAUAUCAUUAGUUUAAUUAAAUUUUAUGCUAAUCAUGCAUGAAUUGAAAAGCAAAAAAAUGCCUUGUAAGUUCAGCAUGUCUUCAUCGAAACCAUUUUUAGUGAAGAUACUGUUGAAAUCCUUGAUUGCCGCUAAUUGUAUAGGUAGCUAGUUAAUAAAAAUUGGCAUUUUAUUUCAGGCAUCAAUGUUCAAGGCAUUUAUUUCAGGUUCCCAAGCUCAGGAAAUUUUCAGGUUCCGAGGUUCAGGGCAUUUUAUUUCAGGUUCCGAGGUUCAAGGCAUUUUAUUUCAGGUUCCGAGGUUCAAGGCAUUUUAUUUCAUGUUCCGAGGUUCAGGACAUUUAUUUCAGGUUCCGAGGUUCAAGGCAUUUUAUUUCAGGUUCCGAGGUCCAGAACAUUUUAUUCCAGGUUCCGAGGUUCAGGACAUUUAGUUCAGGUUCCGAGGUUCAAGGCAUUUUAUUUCAGGUUCCGAGGUUCAGGGCAUUUUAUUUCAGGUUCCGAGGUUC